GAACGGAAUCAGUCAUCAUGUGAAGAGAUCUUUAGUGAAACAAGUCUUGCUUUGAAUUCUGCGUCACCGUUAUCCAAACCGGAAAACUCAUCCACGACUUCAUCCGGUGUGUGUUUGUCUGUGGACUCGGCUCCGCACACGGACACUCUUGGUCGAUCCCUAACCGAUCUGUCAUCCCAGUUCACGUCGGAACCGUCACUUUUCGGUAGUUUCUACAGUGGAACCAGUCCACGCAUCCCGGACACGGAAAGUCCCUUGGCUGAGAUCGAACUGAUUAGUUUGACAGCAAACCGACCUACACCACGUUAUCGUCUACGCGUCGAUCCCUGUACCGCCUUUCUCGGCUAUAAUAAUCGAGAUUUCUUGGGUGCUCGAAGAGCCACACGUCGCUUGCAAUCGAUUUUACCGCUCUCUCCUCGUGGUCUGACUACCAUUCCCAGUGAGGGCAAAUUAAACGAUCUCGAAGUUACCAAUACCAGUGUAUCUCCGGACACACUUGGCAAGUCUGGAGAAACAGAUGAGGACGGUAAUUUGGACGACGACGACGACGAGGAAGACGAUUCACUCUCUCUCUCUUCGGAACAGAUCGAACGCAUCCUGGACUACUUCCGUGAGUUACUCAUGCCCGUGUCGUCUACUUUCACACUCUGUCGGCCUCAUUAUUAUAACAUUCCUUAUGCUGUUAUUAUUACUGCGACUUGCACUUCCGGAAAGAUAUAA